GGCUGUUCCUGGCGCCGGAAGAGAAGCGGGUCUCUUUGGGGCCGGCCAUCUUGUGUGGUAUCGCGAGCAGGGGGCUGGGGCCUGGGCAGCAUCGGAGGAGGAUCCCGCCGAGAGGGGCCCAUCAUGCCCGGACACCUGCAAGAAGGGUUCGGCUGCGUCGUCACCAACCGCUUUGACCAGCUCUUUGACGACGAGUCGGACCCCUUCGAGGUGCUGCGGGCGGCCGAGAGCCGGAGGAAGGAGAGCGGCGGCGGCGGCGGGAGCCAAGGGGGCGGCGGCGGCGGGGCCCGUAGCGGGCAGGCGGCCCAGGCCAACUCCUCUGGCGGGGUCGGCAGCGGGGGCUCGGGCCAGGCUGGGGGAGGCGGCGGCGGCAGCAGCAGCGCGGCCAAGCAGCUGCGCAGGGAGUCGCAGAAAGAGCGCAAGAACCCGCUGCCCCCCUUCGCUGCCUCGCCCGGGGGCGCCGGCGACCGCAGGGAGGAGGGCAGCGGACAGCCCGCCGCGCCGCUGAGGAAGGAAGGUAUAAGACGAAUUGGCAGACGGCCUGAUCAGCAGCAGCCUCAGGGUGAAGGCAAGCCUAUUGAGAGGAGACAGGAGAGACGACCGCCUCGUGAACGCCGAUUCGAUAAACCUGCUGAAGAGAAGGGUGAAGGAGGGGAAUUUUCUGUGGAUAAACCCGUUAUUGACCGACUUGUGCGUGGUCGUGGUGGUCCAGGCGGAAGAGGUGGACGUGGUGGUCGUGGACGUGGAAUGGGCAGAGGAGAUGGCUUUGACUCCCGUGGCAAGCGUGAAUUUGACAGGCAUAGUGGAAGUGAUAGAUCUUCUCUCUCACAUUCCCAUUUCAGUGGCCUAAAGCAUGAGGAUAAACGUGGUGGCAGCGGAUCACACAACUGGGGAACCGUCAAAGAUGAGCUAACUGAUUUGGAUCAGUCGAACGUGACCGAGGAAACACCAGAAGGAGAGGAACACCCACCUGCUGAUUCUGAGAAUAAAGAGAAUGAGGUGGAAGAGGUUAAGGAAGAAGGCCCAAAAGAAAUGACCCUGGAUGAAUGGAAAGCUAUUCAGAAUAAGGAUCGUGCAAAAGUUGAAUUCAACAUCCGUAAACCAAAUGAGGGUGCUGAUGGGCAAUGGAAAAAAGGAUUUGUUCUCCAUAAGUCAAAGAGUGAGGAGACAAAGGGGAUGACAGAAAUGCCGGGGAGUCCGCUGGAGUCAAAUGAGGCUCAUGCUGAAGACUCUGUAAUGGAUCAUCACUUCCGUAAACCAGCAAAUGAUAUUACGUCCCAGCUGGAGAUCAAUUUUGGAGACCUUGGUCGCCCCGGACGUGGUGGCAGAGGUGGUAGAGGUGGCCGGGGGCGUGGUGGAAGGCCCGGGCGUGGCAGCAGAACUGACAAGUUGGUGAAAGAGUUUGACGUGAUCCACACACCCAAUCAGUCAAGUGCUUCUGCUCCUGAUGUAGAUGACCCAGAGGCUUUCCCAGCUCUGUCCUAAACUGGAUGUCAUAAGCCAACUCUGCCCUCUCGCUGGGCCCUCCUCUACGAGGCUUGCAUGCUUAAGGAUCCUAAACAACUAAGAAAUUUAAAAAAUGAGACUGUCAUUCAUACCAUUCACACCUAAAGACUGAAUUUUAUCUGUUUUGAAAAUGAACUUCUCUCGCUACACAGAAGCAACAAUAUGGUAGUCAGUUUUGUAUUUAGAAAUGUAAUGGUAGCAGGGAUGUUUUCAUAAUUUUUUCAGAGAUUAUGCAUUCUUCAUGGAUACUUUUUUGUAUUGCUGCUUGAAAAUAUGCGUUUCCAAACUUGAAAUAUAGGUGUGAACAGUGUGUACCAGUUAAAGCUUUCACUUCAUUUGUGUUUUUUAAUUCGGGAUUUUAGACGUUUUCUCCAAACUACAAACUGGUUUUUAAAUAUUGCACACUAUUUCUGUUUCCUUUAAUACCUACUUAGCAGAUUUUUAUCAACCCAUGGUCAGUUGGGAUAUGUAGGAUUUAAUUUGGCAAAUUGUUAGUACCAUGUGGAAUACUAUUCUGGAAUACUUUAAUUUAGUUUUUAAUACUUAAUUUCAGACUGGGAAAAACAGUCAUUUUUCAUCUAUCUUUGGUAGUUUGUUGUGUAUGCAGAAUCUUUAUACAAAGUUGAUAUCAAAUACUUGAAAAAUAGUCAAAGCACAUUGGUUUAUAGUCAAAUACCUGCAUAUCGAUCCAGCAGUGAUGUGCAGAUGAUUGGUCUAAAAAGUUUUUUAAAACUAUAUUACACCUUUCACUCACCCUUUUUAUCUUUUAUUCCUUUCUCCUUUCAACAAAACUAGAUACUUUAUUGGUAAAAGUUGUUUAUCCUACUUAAUAUUAUUCUUUGGGAAAGUAUCCUCUAGACUGGGGUAAUUCUUUCUGUUCUAUAGACUGGGAGGUGGGAAAGGGAGCAUCAUCUAUUUCUAAUGCAGUCUCUUUAAAUUUAAUUUGGACUAUGGAAUUUUGGCAGUGCAGUAUGAUUAUAUAAAUACAUCACCAUCUGAUGUAUUUACACACUGUUCCAUUAGCUGCAAUUCUUGUUCUGAAGAGGAAAACAAAGAACACCAUCUAAGUCUGGGAGGAGAAUAUUUGACUCCUAAGUCAGAGAACAAAUCCCUUCAAAAGGAGACAUCUGGUCUGCAUAGGAUACAAACCAAAAAACCUUUUGCUCUAAAUUUUGUUCUGAAUUUUUGCUCCAUUUCUUCACCCUUUGGUCUCUGAUUACUCGCUGACAAAUAAAUGUUUUUCAGGGGGUGAUUGUAAGAAGACCCGCUACACCCUGUAGAAAUUCCUUCUAGGUUAAUUUAAUCCCUGUGAACAGGAACAUUACCACUUUCCAAAUAUGAAAGGACUUGAGAGAAUGACUAAUAAAAAAAAAGAUUUCUUAGGUUUUUUUCUUUUGUCUGCAGCAUUUGUUAGGAGACUAGAAACCGGUUGCUCAUUUUAUUUAAUGAUUUAUUCUUAGAGCAGCUUAUAAAAUAUUUGUAGUUUCUUAACCAGGUAGAUAGAAAACAAAUGGUAAUGCCCUAUUUUUUUAAAAACUGUAUAGGACAGGCAAAAAAUAUUGGAAACCUUUGGAUAUGAAACUUCUGCUGUUUAGCUGGCCUGCUUUAUCUAAACUAUUUUCUAUCCAAAAAACCCCAAUACACACUUGUGCUGAUUUAAACAAACGUUAAUACCAUUGGAUUAGACUCUUGUAGUGCACUCAUUUAUCAGUUUAAAAUAGUUGGCUCUGUGAAGGAGUAAAUUUUUCCAAACAGUGGCUAGUAACAUUUUUUGUUCCUGGAUCAGACACUAAACAUGUUUUACACAGGUGCUUAGCAUUGGGGUAUUCCAGUUCCUGGCACCAAGAGGUAAAUCUUCAUUAAUUACUUUUGCUCCCUUUGCGAUUGCACAUUCCACACCAUGGAAUGUGUUGAAGGUUAUAAUGGCAUCUGUCCAUUAGGAAUACAACUGAUAAUACAACUGUGCAAAAAGCUUGAUUUCCAGAAUCAUUUUAAUUGAAAAGCUUUUGCUGUAAUAGAACCCCUUCCACCCAAACUAUAUCUUUGUGCUCUCCACCAUGAAUCUUAACUCUUUAUCCAGACUACUCCUGUGCCAGUCGAGCAUUUUGAGCCUUGCUACCCUGACAUUGUCACAGAAGUCGUCUGCCUCUUUGCAUAUCGGAGUAUAGAGCAAUACCUUGAAUAACAUGUCAGAUAGAAGACCCCUUUUAAAGACAGCCUGUACAUAAAGUUGGUCCAUCUGCUGUUCUGAUAGAUGUAAAUUUGCUUCUUUUAGUCCAUUUAUGUCAAGAACUAAAACUGUGAAGUUAUCUCUCACUAAUAUUAGUGGGUGUUAACUGACGUAAAGGUUUAUUUUCAUGCUCUUUUUAAAAUGUCCUGAAAACAGACAUAAGAAUCCAUUUAGGUUCAGGCGUCUCUUCUAGUUUCUGUCCCAAGUAUUCUAAAUCUUAUGGUGGUAGUGCCCUGGCAUGUCCAUUGCCAGCAAUGGGACUUUGGGUAAAUGUCUCCCUCCAUUGAGUAGUUCCAAUAUUUGCUAUUGAUGAGCUUCUCUUCAAUAACUUGUCUUGUCCUCUUGCUUGCUCAUCAUGCUGCCAUGCUAUGACCAGAGCUUAUUCAUAUUUAAAAAAGCUGGGUCAGAACAGAAAAGUUCACUCAACGUUUGUGGAGGGAAAUGGACAGAAUCACAAUACAAAUUGGCUUAUGAUUGUACUAAUUCAAAGGCUUGAGCAUGAAAGUUCAUCUUAUAACCUGAAUACCAUUGAUCCUGGUAGAAAAUAUUAAGAUUGAUAGAUAAAUACAAGUGUUGGCCUCAUGGAAAAGGGCAUAAACUAUUUUAAGGAAAAUUAAACAAGGAUAAAAAGCCUUUUUUUGUGGAUAUGGUGUCUGCACCUGUUACUUUCAAAGAGAAGAGAUUACUGUCAUUUGACCCAAUACCUUUUGCCCAGUGACAUUGAUUUGUAUAUCCAUGUCCCUUAAUAAAUGCAGUACAUAUGCAUAGGACUGACACUUCCAAGCAUUUUCUAACCUAUUUUAUGAUUGAUUAUAGGGGUAGCGUCAACUUCAUUUAGCCUCAGUAUCCCUCCCACAUCUACAUUUAUUUACACUUGAAAACUUGCUAGUUGUAAAGUUAAAAGUUACCACUUUUGUGUGAUGUGAUAACACACAAUGCAAGUCUGCAUAAUGCUCUACAAGAGCAUUAAUGGAUGCACAGAUUCCUGCUGAUGUCUUAUGAUCCUGGUACACUGAUCCAUACGCCAAGGCUGCUGUGUUGGCUUCUGCAAUAAAAACAGCAAAGGAACAGUCUUGCUAGUGAAAUAAAGAAAAGUUGGGGAAAGAAAUGUUUUAUUCUCACGAGCAUUUAUACAGACUAUGCAGUUUAAGUACCUUACCUCUGGGUCUGAAUGUGGAUUUUAUGAUUGAUGCUGAUCAAUUUUUCAAGCUUGAAACGGGGCUUUUAAGCAAGUUUCACAUUGAAACUGACUACUGGGUCAACAGACUAAAUAGAGCUUAAAUUCUAUAAUAGCAAAGAAUAUAUUAACUGCUUAAUUACAGUUACUGAUGCUGGACUUCUAGAAUCAGCUAGCUGUACGUGAAGUGGUGGGCAGCAUUGUGUAAAGCCUACGUGGUUGAGUGCUGGGAGAAUGUCAAAUAAAAUAGCUGUUUUUAGACUCCCAUUCUCAAAUGAUUUAUAAUACAGGCAUCUAAUCUGGUUGUGGGAAGAUGCCGUAAGGUACUUACCCUUAGGUACUAUUUUUUCUUUAACAUGCCCUACCAGAAUCUUCUACCAAAGUUAUUAAAUAUACAGCUCUUGAAAAGGGAGAGAUCUUCUUGGAUGUCAUAGCCAAAUACGUUGUUUUCCCUGACUGUUAAGUCUAAUGAUAAACCAUUGGACCCACAGGACUGAAGACCCUUGCAUGUACUCCAGGCUGUGUGUUGCUGAUAGUAGUUGUCAAGCAAUAAGCUUUUGGGACCUGAAAGUGAAGCAGAUAGGGUAAAAAGCUGGUAGUAUUUCCUUAGGGAGAAAAAGUGUUUUCUGUUUUGCAGACCACUUUCAUUAGAAAGGGGCCCUGUAUAAAGCUAGGACAAAAUUCAAAUGUCUGCAAGGCUGCCUGAAGCCCACGUGGCAUGAUGGUUUAAAUCUACUUUGUUCACAGGGGAGCUUUCAGUUCCAUUGUAAAGAUUGCUGUUCCUUCAGAACAAAUGUUUGUCAUGGCUUAAAGCUAUUUUCAUUUUGCCUUCAGCAAUCUUUAAAUUUGAUAUAGAAUAAAAGAGCAGCGAUUUCUGUUCUUGUCACUAGUGAAGUAGUUGCAGUGCGCACUGCUCUUAUAAACAACUGGCCAUCUGCUCAGAGGCCUGGGACUAUUCGAGCUCUUCCAGGGUAAGGUGCAUUGGCAGUCAGAAGAGGCUUGCAGAACACCACACGCCUGCACUACUUGGUUUAGCCUAAGGACAAAAAAGCGGCGGUCGCACUUUGACUUGCUGUAGCCUCAUAGGCCACACUUACACGUGAGAAGUCAGUGCUCUCUAGCAACAUUCCUGCUCGCUGCUGGCUGGAAAUUCAGUGGAAACUGCAGGUGUUCAGCAUCUAUGACAUGCAUUUUAGACACUCAAGAAUGAGAAUUCUGGCUUCAAAUUUGAGGCUUUUAGUCUACCAGGGUUUCAGGCAGCUAGGUCAUUAUAUGAUAGCUUCUAUUCAAAGAUCAAAGUAUUGUUUGCUGGCCGCUGUGCUUUUGAGCUGAAAAACUAUUGUGCUAUGUGGCCUCAUAUAUACUUGUCUUUUAAAUGUAUUUAGCAGGGACUAUAAAUACUAAAGGUUUUUCAUUUUUAUUAGCUCUGCUGCAAAACAGUGCUGGACAUAUACCUGUUACGCAUGUGUGAACAGUUUAAAAUGAAAUAAGGCCAUUUAUUGGAUAUAAUGACAUAAAGCUACUUCUGUUUCUGAGAAAAUUUGUGCACCAAAGUGUGUAAACAUUUGAAAUAAGUUUGGCCAUUAGUCUUCGAUAGGGCCAACCUGCUGCUUAAUAGUGCCAAGUGUGGGUGGCUUUACUCUUGCCAGCGUUAGCACUCUCCGUUCAUAAACACUGAAUUUUCCCAGUGUUUAAUGGUGGAGAGAGUAUACCAGUGACAUGGGAUUGGUCAUAGUCUAUUGCAGUUGAGUUAAAUUAACAUGUGAUCAGUAUAUUAAGCAGCCUUUAAGAUGUGCACUUCAGAGAGUUCACAUUGCCUGUUGUAAUUUACUCUUUAUACAGAACACUGAAUAAAAAUAAAGACUUGCCUGUUCUCUCUCUGAUCACAAGGCAACAGUUGCCCAGUUUUUAAAGUCAAAUUGAUUAAAUCCAAAAUGAAAUACUGGAAUUACAAGAUAAAAUGGCAAUGAGAAACUUGCAUGGCUACAUAGAAGAGUAAGAAAGUUAAGGAGAAAAGAGGCUGAAUUGUCCAUUGCUAGUGGUAGUAUAAGAUAAACAUGCAGUUUCUGUCUGUCCCCUUCAAGGCCCUUCCUCCUAAUAUCACCACAAGUCACCAUGUUUUGUGUUUGUAUAUUAGAAGGGUCCUGGUCCAUGACCUGGUUUCCUAGGCGAUAAUACAAAUCUGUUCGAGAGUUCAAAUAGCUUUGUUGUACUCAAGAGAAAAUGCUUUUAUCAGUAGCAGCACAAAGGUGAUGGUGAUACUCUCCAUUGCAAAUUUUUGUGAAACUUCACCGAGCAAGCAAGUUCUUUGGGAAUGAAAUGACCAGUGUAUUGCUGCAUUUGUUUUCAAUUGCUAUGACUGUCUCCACCCUUAGCUAUGGUUUGGCCAUCCUAACUGCAACAAUAAAAUGAAUAUUGAAAGUGAUCCUAGUGAUCUUAAAACACUUGCUUAUCAUGACUCCCAGGAUCAAAUGGGUUGGGGCGGGGGGAGGAUCCAGGUUCCUCCCACUGAUAUCUGGGGAUUAGAGGGAAUAUUCUGAUCAGUGCUAAUGGUUUGGGGCAUAAAUACCUUGCAUGUCUGUGGGAGUAUACACCCCCAAACACAAGUGGUGGGCUAGGCAGUAAUUAUGUAGCUACAUUGGCAUAGGUGGGGAAGCUUGCUUUCUGCCUUUCCUUCAUCUGUAUAUUGUGGAUAAUUUCUACAACCUGUCUUAUGGCAAUUAGAGUGAAGUGUUUUGACAAUAAGGGUAAGUAACAGUUGCCAUCAAGGGAGCACAAUACACUUCACAGUAUAAUAAAUAGCCUUAGAGUAGAAAUAACAUUCCAAUUGUACCAUGCAGAAAUGCUAAGGGGCUUGGCCAGGGUGACACAGUGAGUUGGGGAUAGAACUUGUCUCCUAACUCCUGGUACUGGGCUUUAUAUUAAGCUAUAACAGAUAGAAACUUUGUGAAGCUCUUGACACAGAGAAUUAAUGUCCAGUUGUGUAGUUCCUCUUCUAAGGCUUGUGAUUGCCUGAUCUUUUGUAUUGGAGUGGUGGUGAAGUCAUUACAAAGCUUUGAAGAUUUCCCCAGCACUAAAGCACAUCACUUUAAAUUCCAAAUUAAAAAGCAGACUGGAAGAGUUGUUUAAAACUGUGCUGUCCCCAUUUUUCAUAGCAGAGCAGCCUAAAAUAUGCAUAGGAAAGACGUUUAACCCUUGUAUGAUUUGAAUGGAUUAGAACUUUUUGCUGAUGGCCAUUAUCUGUUAAGUAAGCUAUAAAAUGAGGUUCUUUUUUUUGUGUGUAUUCCACACUAUUCCAAUGUGCCUUUUUGUGGUACAGUUAUUUUGCUGAAAAGUUUCUGGAGCUUCUAAUUGUGUGUAAUCCAUUUUCCUGUUCCCAGAUUUCCUUCCAGCUCUGAAAAAUUGCCUCUCCAAAUGACGUAGAACCCUACCUCUUAAAGGCCAGCAGACUCCGGAUCUCCUGAAUGUUAGUUCAAGCCCGAAUUAGGUGUAGAAAGGAGACAAUGAGGACAAGGUUACUUAUUUUUGCUUCAGUUGCAAUUGGCAGAUGUUCAAAAAUAGACUUUAGAGGCGCUAGACAAGCUUUGUGGUAUAUUGGAUUGAGUUGUCAUUCAUUGAUCAGAUAUUAAAACCUUAGGUCAAAUGUCUUUAAAAGUGAUUUGUAAUCUUUUCUACCUAUAAAGGACCUUUCAACAGUGGGGGAAGAAUAAAUUACCAAUUCUAAUUUUGAAGUUCAGUGACUUAUUGCAGAGUAGCAGAAAUGUGUAGCACUGAAAUAGUAAUGUUUGAGAAGAGAUUGGUUACUUGUGAUCAGACUAUUGUACAAUUUAGAGAUGGAAAACAUCAGCUGGAAUUUUUCAGGCCACCCACUGCAAAGGUAGGUUAUAGAUAGGUAUAGUAUCCAUUUAAUAUUUUAUCCUGAUGUUAACCAAAAGGCCAAGGAGGAACAAUUGUUGAGGUAGUCGAGUUGGUCACAUUAAGUCUUGUCUACACAAAGGAAUUACUGAUUUAGUUAAAUUGAGGCAACUCCCUUGUGCAGACACUUCAGUUAGAGUACAGACCUUAGGCCUAACGCUGCAGCUUCUAUUAGUAUUGUGCCAUUCAUCUGGUACAAUAUGUACUAUAGCAGUUUGUGUACAUUUUUGUCAAUUUUAUUCCUCCCUCAGACUUGCUUGUUAUAGACGUGUGGAUUUAUACCAAAGCACUUUUUUUAAUAUAUUGGUUUUGCUACCCAAAUUUAGAACUGUGUUCUAAAAAAAGACUAAUAAAUAUGAUGGAAAUGGACUUUAUUCAAGAAUGUAGCGUUAUAUCUAUGACAACUGGCUAGAUUUACUUUAUUUGUAUGUAACCUAUUUUCAUGAGCUUAAAUUAUAUUCUUGUUCAUUAAGAUGCCUUGAUUAGUUGUAUGACGGUAACAUAUGCACAUUUCUAAUCGUAUGACAGACAGAAUUUGAUGUAAGACUCUUAACUGAGUCUUAUUUUCAGCCAGGGAAUAAAGAGGAACAAGAUGACAAUUUUUCAGAAGGGAUUGUAGUUAAAAGUACAAAAUUUAUUUGAAACCCCGUGGGAACCAUUUCAGAGGUGAUCAUAAUUUGGCUAUUGGAAUUCAAAUUUGCUUUAAAAUGUUUUAGAAUACAUAUUUGUACAAAACUUAGCCUUUUGUAAUUUGGGCAUGGAAAACAAAAUAGUGUCUUAAACUAGGCGCUAUAUAUAUAUUUAUAUAUAAUCAUGAACGCAUGCACACACACCUCAUGAUGUAAUAAGUAUAUGUGUAUAGACAGACAGUGUCCUGCUUGAGUACAAUAAAUGACUUAAAAGAAAUCUUGCAGGCAUUGGAGCCUAAUUCUGCUGCUAAUCUGUACAGCAACUGGAAGGGGGCUCCACCUAAGAAGUGGCUGCAGGCUCAGCACCAUAGUUUGAACUUCUCUUCUCUCUUCCAAUUCAAAAAAAAAAAAAAAAGCUAAAUAGCUAAUUUUCAAUAUGUACGUUAUUUCACAUAUACAGCCACUAAUUUCAUAAAAGCAAUAUCAAAAUAUUAGACUGAUAUAUAAGACCAUAAGAUAAUUAGCAACAACAAAAUACUAUCUUCUGUUUUGAUGCUUGACUACAGACCAAGUGCAAUGACUAUAGGGAAAUGUGUGUGAUUGUGUUUCAUGCAAAAUCCACAGGAAUGUCAUGACAGAUCUUUUGACGUUGAAAACAGAUGUGAUAGAAACUUAACAUUAUGGACCCUAUGUUAACAAAGAGGCAAUAGUUGGAAUAAAAAGUCUUUUGAAAAUCUGCAGACAAAUAAAGGGCUUCCUCCCUGA